AUGACUUCAGAAGACGAAAUGGAAUGUAGGUUACUGGAUGAUGACACUCCGGCAACAGACGAGACAGCAAAAGAAGAAACAAUGCCGAAAAUGCUAUCAGGUUUGGGCAAAACCCUUGAAACCAUAUCAACUGCCAUGCUCCACACAGAAAAAUCCAUGAAGAGAUUACAUUCGGAUAAAACCUCUGACUCAGAGGGUAGACCAAAUAAAACAAGACGCCUAGCUCCACAAAAUGAAGUUGAAAUAGACAGCAAUGACAGUGAUGCCAAAGGAUUGCUUCAGAGUACAAAAGAACCCAAUGCCAACUCGGCAAAUGCAGGUAAUACAAGCGAGGCACAAGUUCGACUUCAACAUGACUCUCUCCUUGACAAAAUCUCGCAGGAUCUGGAACAACUAGAGGAGGUAGGAGGCAAUAUAAAUCAGCAACUUGCUGACAUUAACAAAUGCUGGUCUUCAAAGGUUACAGAAGCAAAACAAAAAGAAAAAAUGGACAAUUACUCGAGACCAGGGAAUUGUGAAAAAAUUGCAGUCCCUCGUGUUAACGAGGAAAUUUGGGGCAAGCUAGACAACAAAACCAAGCACAAUGACCUCCGUGCUACUUCCACACAAAAGCUACUGGCUAAAGUGGAUAUAAUACUUACUAUCACUACAGAUAGGCUAUUGCAAAUGCGUAAUGCAGAUCUGCCCGAGGUUGACUAG